AUGGAGGUCGAAUCGGAUCCAGAUCACCGUCUGGACCUGACCGAUCCCACGGCCACUUUGCUGCCAAGCCGUGCAUUAGAUCGGCCACACGUCGGCGCGGUUAUCUGCGCAGGCGCCGAGGCCGGCCAGACAGAGCCGUUGAGAGUGCGCCGUGACGGAAAGACUGGCCACAUUUUCGCAGGCCAGUCAACUUGGCCUCACAUAAAAGGGCUGAGCGGUCGGUGGAACCGAAAACCAGCGAUCCGGUGCAGAUCUCGAAGCGCCGACCUCUCAUUCACGCACAAGUGGCCGGGCCCGUCUCUGAAGUUUUGCCUCGCCGUCGCCCUCGCCUUCGCCGUCUCCCUCGCCCUCAUUCUCAACUUUAAAUUCGCCCUCGCCUUCUUUCUCGACUUUACCUUCGCCUUCGCCUUCGCCCUCGCUUUCACUAUCAACUUUACCUUCGCCUUCGCCCUCACCAUCGUCCUCGCCCUCGUUUUCUCUUUCGACCUCGCCCUCGCCCUCACCUUCGCCUUUGCCGUCUUCCUCACCCUCAUUCUCGAAUUUAACUUCGCCCUCGCCUUAGCUCUAGCCGUCUUUCUCGCCCUCAAUCUUGAC